AUGUUUCGCCUUCCCCGUGUGCCAACCACUGAUCAAAUCCUUCCCCUCAUGCAUCAAGUUAUUGAUGAACUCACCCAGACGCGCAAUUCAAUACUCAAAGGAACGACUCCAGAAACAGCUACCUUCGCCAACACUCUUCUUCCACUGGCACAGACUGAAAAUGCCGUCCAAGGCCAGCUAGCCAUGAUUGACAUGCUGCAGUACGGUGCCCCCUUGCGCGAGACCCAGGAUGCUGUUCACUCAGCGUUGAGUCUCUAUGCCGAAGCAAGGGCAAGUUGGAUCGCCGACGCGGGGUACUUUCGUCUCCUGCAAGCCGUCCGCAACAAUAAAGAGGAAUAUGAAACAUUGGACGGUGAAUCACGCCAUCUGCUCGAGCGAGAGUUGACAGACUAUCGGAUGGCGGGGCAUGGCGUGCUGAGUGCUGAGGAAGUGGAGGGGUUUUUGCAAGAGGGGGCGAGCAUUGGACAGAUAGAGAGGAAGUUUCAGGAGAAUCUAUCAAGGGAAAACGGGGGAGUAUGGUUUACCCAGGAUGAGUUGGAGGGAGUACCUGCGAGUGACCUGGGGAAGUGGACGCCGGAGGGUGCUAAUGGUAGUAAGGAUGGGAAAGAAAGGUUAUUUGUGCCCUUUGCGAAUGGAGGUACAUUGGCAGUGUUGACCUAUGCUCGUCGUCCUGAAACCCGGAAGAAGAUGUUUUUGGCUGAUAAUCAGAAGCUCAAGAGCAAUCAGCCGCUAUUUGAGGAUAUCAUCCGGCGAAGGGCUCGGCGAGGCCAUCGAUUGCAUCAUCCUACCCACGCUGGGUAUCGACUGCAGCAGCGUAUGGUGAAGGAUCCAGAAUGGCUAGGUGGGUUUCUCAAUGGGCUCAAGGAGACACUGUGCGCCCGGGGCAAAGAUGAAAUUGCAGUCUUGCAGCAAAGGAGGCUGAAAGAUCUGGAAGAAAGGCAUGACACAUAUAGUGGAGGUUUCCCUCCGUGGGAUAAACCCUAUUACAUGCGGCUAGUAGAAGAGGAGGUUGCCAUUGAUCAGCUACAGCUAUCCGAGUUCUACCCUCUCGAGCAAACAGCCAUAGGGAUGCUGGGAAUUUUUGCAUCAGUUUUGGGUCUCCAGUUCGAACCUGUUGAAGCUGAGGCAGAGGCUCUCUGGCAUGAGUCCGUCCGGGUAUUCUCCGUCUGGGAGAGUGCGCCCAGUAAGCAAUUCAUUGGGUAUCUCUAUUUUGAUUUGCUGUGGAGAGAGAAUAAAUACCGCGGUAAUCAAAGCGUGAAUCUUCAAUGUAGCUACCUCCGACCAGAUGGCAUUCGGCAAUACCCUGCCACUAUCCUAAUGUGCUCCUUCCCGACUCCUUACCCCACCGGUUGUGCGUUGCUCAAACAUCACCAAGUGGUGACUCUUUUCCAUGAAAUGGGUCAUGGUGUCCAUGAUCUUCUUGCACGAACGAAGUAUGUCCGUUUUCAUGGUUACCGGCUUCCUCCUGAUUUCGGAGAGAUGCCCAGUAUGAUGCUCGAGAACUGGUGCUGGAUGAAAGAGGUUCUGCAGGGCCUCAGCUGCCACUACACCACACUAGACCAAAAUUACUUGAAUGAGUGGCGCAAGCAAUAUCCCAACUCGCCCGAUCCGCCUAAGAAAAUUUCUGAGGAUUUAGUUGAACGCCUGAUCAAGCACCGUUACCUAAACCGAGGCCUGUAUCAUCUUUAUCAACUGUCAAUCUCCAUCUUCGACUUGCAAAUCCAUAGUCUCAAGACAGAUGCAGAGAUUUUUGAUCUGAAUGUUCAAAAGCUCUGGUAUGACCUCCGUGAGGAGAUCGAAAGCAUAGACUUUUCCGAGUGCCGAGGCGGCUAUGCAUUUGGAACGUUCAGCCAUCUGACAGCGGGCUAUGAUGUCUGCUAUUAUGCCUAUCUUAUCUGUACAGCGAUGGCCCAGGACGUCUUUCUUUCUAUGUUCGCUGAGGAUCCCUUCCAGAAUGAUAAGUGGGAGAAGUACCGCCGCGAAAUCUUACAAAAUGGUGGCAGCCAGCAAGACCUGUUCCAGAUGUUGGAGAGAUUCUUGGGUCGUCCGCCAAAUAUGAAUGCCCUUGUGGAAGGUCUGAAGCGGGCAGACAGUCAACAUGAAUGUUAG